AUUGCAACUUAUUUACUCUUUUCCCAAUCUUUCCUUCAUUUUCUUAGCGAAUUCGAAAACCAAAAAGCUACCGAUUUUUGUUCAGUUCUUUACACCGAAGUUUUCAUUUCUUGAAUUUCAGCGACUUUUCUGAUCAGGGUUUUGCUUUAGAAUCCAAAUUGUGUUUGGUUUAGAGCAAAAGGAAUGGCGCAAGAGAGUAGGCAAAGCUUGAAUGCUGAGCCUGUACAGGUCCAAACAGCUUCAUCAGAAGAAGGAAGAUCAAACAAUCUCCCAAACUUUCUGCUUUCAGUAAGGCUAAAAUAUGUGAAGCUUGGCUACCAUUACUUGAUCUCCAACGCCAUGUAUUUAAUGCUAGUGCCUCUCCUAUGCAUUGCUUCAGCUCAUCUUUCAACGCUUACUUUCCUUGAUUUUGUUCAAUUAUGGGACCAACUCAAGUUCAAUCUUAUCUCAGUUACACUUUGCUCAGGUCUCUUAGUUUUCUUGGCCACACUUUACUUCACGAGCCGCCCCAGGAAAGUCUACUUGGUGGAUUUUUCCUGUUAUAAGCCUGAAGCUGAUCGAACCUGCACCAGGGAGAUCUUCAUGGAGAGAUCUGGUCUCACUGGCAGCUUCACUGAUGAGAACUUAUCCUUUCAAAAGAAAAUCCUUGAGAGGUCUGGUUUGGGGCAGAAGACCUACUUGCCUGAGGCGGUGCUGCGUGUCCCACCGAAUCCGUGCAUGGCGGAGGCCAGGAAGGAGGCUGAGACAGUAAUGUUUGGAGCCAUUGAUGAGCUCUUGGCGAAAACUGGUGUCAAGGCUAAGGAUAUUGGAAUCCUUAUUGUGAAUUGCAGCUUGUUCAAUCCUACACCAUCUCUUUCCGCCAUGGUUAUGAACAGAUACAAGCUUAGAGGGAACAUUUUGAGCUACAAUCUAGGCGGAAUGGGAUGCAGUGCUGGGCUCAUUUCUAUAGACCUUGCUAAACAGCUGCUACAGGUGCAACCGAACUCUUAUGCCUUGGUGGUAAGUAUGGAGAACAUUACUCUCAACUGGUACUUUGGCAACGACCGAUCAAUGCUCGUCUCAAAUUGCCUCUUCCGUAUGGGUGGUGCUGCAAUCCUUCUCUCCAACCGGUCCUCCGAUCGCCGCCGCUCCAAGUAUCAACUUAUUCACACCGUACGAACCCACAAAGGGGCUGACGAUAAAUGCUAUAAGUGUGUCUUCCAACGCGAGGAUGACACCAAAAGAAUUGGCGUUUCCCUCUCGAAAGACCUUAUGGCUGUCGCUGGAGAAGCUCUCAAAACCAAUAUCACCACUCUCGGGCCAUUAGUUCUUCCAAUGUCCGAGCAACUCCUGUUUUUUGUCACUUUGGUUGCGAGGAAAGUCUUCAAAAUGAAGAUCAAACCAUACAUUCCAGAUUUCAAGUUGGCUUUCGAGCAUUUUUGCAUUCAUGCAGGAGGAAGAGCUGUGCUAGAUGAGCUUGAGAAAAACCUUGAUCUCACGGAUUGGCACAUGGAGCCAUCGAGGAUGACUCUUUACAGGUUUGGAAACACUUCAAGCAGUUCUUUGUGGUAUGAAUUAGCUUACUCUGAGGCAAAAGGAAGAAUCAGAAAAGGUGAUAGAACAUGGCAGAUUGCUUUCGGCUCAGGAUUCAAGUGCAACAGUGCGGUUUGGAAGGCAUUGAAGAACAUCAAUCCUGCCAAGGAGAAGAGUCCUUGGAUUGAUGAAAUUGACGACUAUCCUGUUCAUGUGCCUAGGGUUGCAACAGUUGGUUCUUCCUAAAUACCAUAACUAUCAUUAAGGAGAGAACAUUAAUUACUAUUUAGUAUUAUGAUUUAUUUCAUACAUGGUUAAUGUGUUAAUUUGAAGGUUAAUUCCAAGUUAGAAGCAAAAAAAAAACACAUCUUCCAUCACUUUUUCACAUUUUCCUUUUUAGUAUUAUAAAAAUAAUUGAUUAAUGAAUGUAAAUCUUACACAAAGAAAUGUUACUUAUUCCCUUAUUUGUUGAACAAAUUUGUUGCCUACCUAUUUAUUUGGUAUAUUGUGUUGGAAUUACUAUAAACUUGAGGCUUCAGUUUAAUAUAAGAAAAAAAUU